AUGGGAUGCGUAGUCACCUCAAUUGAGGAGCCGACGUGUUCGAAGUACAACUUGCUGGACCACACGGCCUUGGGCCGCUUCCUGCAGGAUGCGCAGAUUGGCCUGGUCAGGGUGGAGUACCUAUACAAGUUGCACGAGACCAAGACAGCCUUCCCACGUCGCCAGGAAGUCGAAAGCGAGAUGUGCCAACUAGUGGAUGGCUCCCAACGUCCGGCCCUUGUGACCCAGCAGGAGAUCUCUAAGUGGGGAGAAGGGGCCAAGAAGGCCAUCAUCUGCUCUAUCUCGCACAGCUGGGAAACUCGUGAGCACCCGGACCCGUGCCGGUUUCAGCUCGAACAGAUAGUGAAUUGCCUCUCCCUUUACGAUGCAGCCUACUAUGAUGAUGUGUGGAUCUUCUACGAUUACAUGUCCCUGUUCCAGUUCGAGAGGCGCGGGUCGGAAGAAGAGAGCUUUCGGCGGGCCAUGGCCAAUAUGCAUAUACUGUACGCACAUGAAUUCACACGUACCUUCCGCAUCGAACGUCUCACCCCGAAAUCCAUGUGGGAAGCCAGCCUGGAUGACCCGGUGCGGGUGUAUGAUCCGGAUGCUGGCAAAGUCAUCGAGCGGCCUUUGAGAAGUCUGCAGGCCAACUUCGUCCCAUACAGGGACCGUGGUUGGUGCAAAGCCGAAGUGGAAUGGUCCUCGGCACGCGCCUCCACCGCCAGCCACCAGCGGAUCGACGCCCACGAAAAACGCGAGGACGGCGCCGAAUCCAGGGAUCUGAAAGGCAGAGUUCCGAUGACCCCCGAAGUGUUUAAGGAGCAGAUGGCCCAGGCGAAGUUCACUCAUCGCUCUGAUGCAGACGCUGUGCUACAGCUCCAAGCCCGCAUCUUUUACGAGAAAGUUUCCAGCUGUGAGACAGCCGUGCUCUCGUACCUUCCCAAGACAGAAGUCGCCACCUUGGCACGGGCGCUGCCGCAUUAUCGGCAGCUGCGGGUUCUGCGCCUGAUUGAAAUCGAUUGUGGACCAGCUGAAGGAGAGGCUCUUGGCCAGGCCAUAGCAUCUCACGAGACGUUGCGCGAGCUCACCAUCCAAGGGGCCAACCAGGCAUUCAAAUGCGGCGAAGCAGAUUUUACCAUCAAGGCUUUGGCGGAUGCCCUCAAAGAAAAUACCACCGUCACGCACAUCGACCUCAAACACAACAACAUCGGUGACGUGGGGGCUGAGGCGCUGGCGGAGUGCCUAAAACACAAUUCCACGGUCACGCGCCUCGACCUCGCACUCAACAUCAUCGGAGCUCCAGGUGCUGAGGCGUUGGCAAGGAGCCUUCAGCAGAAUUCCACGGUCAUGCACAUCGAUCUCAGGUUCAACCGUAUCGGUGCUGCAUGUGCUAAGGCAAUGCAAGCCAUUGAGGCGGCCCUCGAGCGGAACCGCGAUGUCGCAAAGCGGGCUCAGGCCGUGGAGACUGAGGACGAGGAAGAGGGCGAGACGAUGCUUCCCGGACAUCCGCGUCUGCAGGCUUUUGCGCAGCUCUUGAGUCAGAAUUCCGUGAUCGAACGCCUCGAACUGGGAAGUCGAAACAGAGAUAUCGUGGGCCUUGGAGGUGUUCAGGCUGUUCAGGCUUUGGCAGGGUGCCUCAAGCACAAUUCCACGGUCACGCGCGUCGACCUCGGCGUCAAUAACAUCGGCGCUGCAGGUGCUGAGGCCUGGGUCGGCUGCGUCGGAGCCUCGCGACGCCUGCCUGCCCUUCCCGUUGUGCAUCAGGCUAUGGCAGGGUGCCUCAAGCACAAUUCCACGGUCGCGCACAUCGACCUCUGGCGCAACAGCAUCGGUGCUGCAGGGGCUCAGGCCCGGGCCGGCUGUUCGGAGCCUCGCUUUGCCUGCCUGGAACUCCCUGUUGUACGUCAGGCUUUGGCAGGGUGCCUCAGGCAUAAUUCCACGCUCACGCAUGUCGGCAUCAGGGAGAACCAAAUCGGCGCUGCAGGUGCUGAGGCCCCGCCGGUCGGCUGCUCUGACUGGCGCUUUGCCUCCCUGCCGCUCCCUUGUCAGUUGCGUCAGGCUUUGGCUGGGUGCCUUGAGCACAAUUCCACCGUCACGCACGUCGACCUCGAGAACAACAGCAUCGGAGACGCAGGUGCCGAGGCGUUGGCAGGGUGCCUCAAGCACAAUUCUACCGUCACGCACAUCGACCUCAGGGGCAACAACAUCGGCGAUACAGGUGCUGAGGCAUUGGCGGGGUGCUUGCACAAUUCCACGGUCACACACAUCGUCCUCAGGGGCAACGACAUCGGCACUGUAGGUGCUGAGGCGUUGGCUGGAUGCCUCAAGCACAAUUCCUCGGUCACGCAUAUCGACCUGAAGGGUAACAAAAUCUGUGAUGCAGGAGCUGAGGCAUUGGCAGGGUGCCUCAAGCAUAAUUCCACGGUCACACACAUCUACCUCGGAGAAAACCGCAUCGGCACUGCAGGUGCUGAGGCAAUGCGAACCAUUGACGCGGCCGUCGAGCGCAACCGUGAUUUAGCAAAACGUGGUCAGGCGCAGGGUCUUGCCUUGACCGACCCCUCACGCAUAGCUCGUGGAGCGGGAGGAUGA